GUUGUCAUGAGAGCGGCGGCUACGGCCGGGGCGAUGGGCAGAGGUUGCCGGGGCUGCUCGUUCCCUGUCACUGCCGCAGCAGCUUGGAGUGCAAGGCGGACUGGGGCGGCGGAGGGGGCGCCCCUUGAGUUGCGUCUGAGGAAGCUGCGGCUGCCGAGGAGGUCCACGAGGGCCGGGGCCGCGGCCGGGGCCGGGGCCGGGGCCCGCCCGCCCCCGGGGUCCGGGUGCUGAGGCGCCGCCUGGCCGCUUCCCCGGGCCGCGGCACCGCUGCGACCCAGCCGCCCUCUCCACCGGGGCUGCGGCAGCGCAAGUCGGGGCCGUUCCCUCUGAGCAGCCCAAACGCGCAGAAUGCCCCACAAGAUUGGAUUUGUUGUCGUCAGCUCAUCUGGACACGAAGACGGCUUCAGUGCCCGGGAGCUCAUGAUCCACGCACCGACCGUCAGUGGGUGGCGCUCACCUAGAUUUUGCCAAUUUCCACAAGAAAUUGUCCUUCAAAUGGUGGAGAGAUGUCGAAUAAGGAAACUACAGUUACUUGCUCACCAGUAUAUGAUUUCAAGUAAAAUUGAGUUCUACAUUAGUGAAAGCUUACCUGAAUAUUUUGCACCCUAUCAAGCAGAGCGAUUUCGAAGACUUGGCUACGUGUCUCUCUGUGAUAAUGAAAAGACAGGUUGCAAAGCCCGGGAACUAAAAUCAGUUUAUGUGGAUGCAGUAGGACAAUUUCUUAAACUGAUUUUUCACCAAAACCAUGCCAACAAAUACAACAUAUAUAAUCAGGUUGCUUUGGUUGCCAUAAAUAUCAUUGGAGACCCUGCAGAUUUCAGUGAUGAAAGCAAUACUGCCUCUCGAGAGAAGUUGAUUGACCACUACCUUGGGCACAACAGCGAGGACCCUGCUCUAGAAGGAACUUACACCAGGAGAUCUGACUAUAUUUCUCCGCUAGAUGACUUAGCUUUUGAUAUGUACCAAGAUCCAGAAGUUGCACAGAUUAUACGAAAAUUAGAUGAAAGAAAACGGGAAGCCGUCCAAAAGGAAUGCUAUGAUUAUGCCAAGAAACUAAAACAAGCUAUUGCUGAUUUGCAAAAGGUUGGUGAGCGCCUUGGGAGGUAUGAGGUGGAGAAACGCUGUGCCGUGGAGAAGGAAGACUAUGAUCUCGCCAAGGAGAAGAAGCAGCAGAUGGAGCAGUAUCGCGCUGAGGUGUACGAGCAGCUGGAGCUGCACAGCCUCCUGGAUGCCGAGCUGAUGCGAAGACCUCUUGAUUUGCCCCUCCGGCCCCUCGCUCGUUCUGGCAGUCCUCGCCACCAAAAGCCAAUGCCCUCACUACCACAACUGGAAGAAAGAGGAACAGAAAACCAGUUUGCAGAACCUUUCCUUCAGGAAAAGCCUUCAUCAUAUUCUCUAACUGUUUCUCCUCAGCAUUCUGCAGUAGACCAGUUACUCCCUGCCACAGAUCCUCAUCCAAAGAUCAAUGCAGAGUCCCUGCCCUAUGAUGAGCGGCCUCUUCCAGCUAUUCGUAAGCAUCAUGGGGAGGCAGUGGUGGAGCCGGAAAUGAGUGAUGCAGACAUCAGCGAUGCUCGGAGGGGAGGCUUGUCAGGGGAGCCAGAGCCCUUAACCGAGAAGGCCUUGAGAGAAGCCAGCUCUGCCAUCGAUGUGUUGGGAGAAACCUUGGUUGCUGGGGCCUAUUCUAAGACAUGGUCCUACCGAGAGGAUGCACUGCUUGCCUUGUAUAAGAAGUUGAUGGAAAUGCCUGUUGGAACCCCAAAAGAAGACUUAAAGAACACACUCAGAGCAUCCAUCUUUCUCAUUAGAAGAGCCAUAAAGGACAUUGUGACCUCCGUCUUUCAGGCUUCUUUGAAAUUGUUGAAAAUGAUCAUUACACAAUAUAUUCCUAAACAUAAACUGAGUAAACUUGAAACAGCUCACUGUGUGGAGAGGACCAUUCCCGUUUUGCUCACCAGAACUGGAGAUUCUUCUGCCCGCCUCCGUGUGACAGCUGCAAAUUUUAUUCAGGAAAUGGCCUUGUUUAAAGAAGUUAAGUCUCUCCAAAUUAUUCCAUCCUACCUGGUGCAGCCAUUGAAAACAAACUCUUCAGUUCACCUGGCAAUGAGUCAGAUGGGCCUCCUUGCCCGGCUGCUGAAAGACCUGGGCACUGGGAGCUCGGGCUUCACCAUUGACAACGUGAUGAAGUUUUCAGUGAGUUCCCUGGAGCAUAGAGUGUAUGAGGUCCGCGAGACGGCAGUUAGAAUUAUUCUGGACAUGUACAGACAGCACCAGGCUUCCAUUCUGGAGUACCUUCCUCCGGAUGACAGCAACACACGCAAGAACAUUCUCUACAAAACAAUUUUUGAGGGAUUUGCUAAAAUAGAUGGCAGACCUACAGAUGCUGAGAUGAGGGCACGGAGAAAAGCGGCUACAGAAGAAGCAGAAAAACAAAAGAAAGAAGAAAUUAAAGCUUUACAAGGGCAGCUGGCAGCACUGAAAGACAUUCAGGCUGAAGUUCAGGAAAAAGAAAGUGAUGCUGUGAAGCCAAAGAAUCAGGACAUUCAAGGAGGGAAAGCAGCCCCUGCCGAAGCUCUGGGAAUCCCGGAUGAGCACUAUCUAGAUAAUUUGUGUAUUUUUUGUGGGGAAAGGAGUGAAUCCUUCACAGAGGAAGGUCUCGAUCUCCACUACUGGAAGCACUGUCUCAUGCUGACAAGAUGUGACCACUGCAAACAGGUGGUGGAGAUAUCCAGCCUGACGGAGCACUUGCUGACGGAAUGUGACAAAAAAGACGGGUUUGGGAAGUGUUACCGUUGCAGCGAGGCUGUUUUCAAGGAAGAGCUGCCCAGACACAUAAAAAACAAGGAGUGCAACCCUGCCAAACCAGAGAAGCUGGCAAACCGGUGUCCUCUGUGCCAUGAGAACUUCAGCCCUGGAGAAGAGGCGUGGAAAGCUCACCUGAUGGGCCCCGCUGGCUGCACCAUGAACCUGCGCAAGACACACAUUCUGCAGAAGGCCCCGGCACUGCAGCCAGGGAAAAGCUCAGCUGUGGCUGCAUCAGGCCCCUCGGGGUCAAAGGCCGGAAGCAAGAUCCCCACCCCGAAGGGCGGGCUGAGCAAGAGCUCCAGCAGGACGCAUGCCAGGCGCUGACGCGGUGCCCGGGCUCCUUUGUCUCUGUAAGGGACGGAGCAGAUCUCCUGAUUCUACACCAUUUCUCCAGAACUCUCUGGCCUUGGUGACCCCAUGCUCUGGUUGCCGUCCCCGGCUCCCAGCCAUGCACGCCUCUUACAUGUCUGUGCCGUCAGCUCUCGUGCAAACGAUAUGUGUGGAACUAACCAAAGAUCCUGUGUGCAGCGCCGGGACCUGGCCGCACUGUACGUUAAGCCUUCGUAAGGGCUGUCUCAGGCCUUCCUUAGAAUCAGAAGAGGAGGCGUCCUGUUUGGAGAGAGCCAGAGAGCACCGCCCGGGGGGCGCUAGCGCAAGGCCCCGGUCAGCACAGGCACGGUCCCGCUUUCCUUAGUGCUUGGAGUGAUUUCCAUAAAACAUUCACCAGAAACCUUUUGCACAUCGGUCUCUGCCACACGCAGUAGAAUUUCCGCAGGGCUGUGGCUGGGCCAGCAGUGGUUCCAGGAGAGUGGCGGUGUGCACAGGCCUCCAGCCGUGCCUUCUCCCUGCAGGCCCCAUCCGCUAGGCCUGCUGCCCAGUGCCCUCAGCCCCAGGUAGCAGAACUCACGCUCCCACUACAGCAAGAAAUAAAGGCAAAAGAGAACAUCUUUUUU